AUGAUAACAAAAAACAUAAAAAAUAUAUUUAGCAAAAUAAAUAUAAUAACAAGCAAGAAUAAGGCACGAAAUAUAAGUAUAAGUGCAACAAAUUUCAAAAUUGUUAAGUGCAAAUUAUUUGAUAUAGGAGAAGGUAUAUCUGAAGUAGAAGUAACUCAGUGGAAUAAGAAUGAAGGAGAUCAAGUUCACGAAAUGGAGAGUUUAUUGACAGUACAAAGUGAUAAGGCAUCUGUGGAUAUAACUAGUAAAUAUAGUGGUAUACUUGUAAAAAAAUAUGCUAAUGAAAAGGAUUUUAUUAAAAUUGGAUCUUAUUUCUGUGAAUUAGAUACUGAAGAUAAUGUAGAAGAAGAAAAAAAUGAUGAAGAAAAAGAAAAAGAAGAUGAAGACGAAGACGAAGAUGAAAAUAAAAUUAAACUAGAAGAUCUAGAUGAUCAAUCGGAUGAAGUAAGUUUAGAAGAAUCUUCAAAUAUUUCAAAUAAAAAUAUGUAUGAAGCAGAGAAAAAACAAAAAAUUACUGUUAAAGCGCCACCUGGUGUUAAAAAAAAAGCAAAAGAAUACAACUUAGACUUAAAUAAAAUAGGUGAGUAUUUUAACAAGGAAAUUAUAAAUAUGAAUGAUUUAGAAUUAUAUAAAAAAAGCAAAAAUGCUGUAAAAAUAGAAGUAGAUAAUGACUCUGUGGACAUAUUGGAAGAAGUUCCUUUAAAGGGUAUAAAACUGGCUAUGUGUAAAAGCAUGAAUGAUUCACUAAAUGUUCCUUUAUUUCAUUUAAAUGAAAUGUGUAUUGUUGAAAAUUUAUUAAAAAUUAAAAAUGAAUUUAAAAAAAGUUCACAAGAAAAAGAGAAUAUAACAAUAACUUGCAUAAUAAUAAAAUUAAUAUCUAUUGCAUUAACUGAUUUUCCUAUAUUAAAUUCGAAAUUUGACGCAAAAAAAAAUAGUUACACUAUUUAUAAAAGCCAUAAUAUAUGUGUAGCAAUGGACACACCAAAUGGCUUAUUAGUUCCCAAUAUAAAGAAUGUUCAAAAAAAAAACAUUAUUGAUAUUCAAAAAGAUUUGAUACUUUUACGUGAUAGGGCUCAGCAGAUGAAAUUAAGUAAAUCUGAUAUAUCUGAUGGUACUAUUACUAUUAGUAAUUUCGGUGCUAUAUCUGGAUCUUUUGCUACUCCAAUAGUAUUUGACAACCAAGCAUGUAUAAUAGGAGUAUCUAAAGCUCAGAAGCAAUUAUUUUUAAAAAAUGGAAGAAAUGAAUUAAAUUCAUUAAAUGAUAUAAUGGUUGCUGAUACAAUAAAUUUAACGUCAGGAGCUGAUCAUAGAUUUAUUGACGGCGCAACAUUAGCACAAUUUUCCAAAAAGUUGAAAAGCUUAAUUGAAAACCCUAUUUCUAUAAUACCUUUUUUAAAAUAA